CAGAACAGCAUGCGGUACAAGAGCUGACAAAAGCCUCCAUGAGCGGCAUCGCAAUAGAUGGAGAAGUACUGUCCUACUUGGAAUUGGCACAGUUCCACAAUGCUAACCAGCUGGCAGCUUGGUGCUUGCACUACAUCUGCACCCAUUACAACAGUGUUUGCUCCAAAUUCCGCAAGGAAAUCAAAGCUAAAUCUUCAGAUAAUCAAGAAUAUUUUGAGAGGCAUCGCUGGCCGCCUGUGUGGUAUUUAAAGGAAGAAGAUCACUACCAGCGAGUAAAAAAGGAAAGAGAAAAGGAAGAUGUUGCACUGAAUAAACAUCAUUCAAAGCGGAAGUGGUGCUUCUGGAAUUCCUCUGCAGUAGUUGCCUGAACAACACAAAUAAGUGGAAAUCCAUAGCCAGUGUCAGAAAUUAGUCUUAUUCUUAGGAACAAAAUGUAGUUCAGGUUUUCAAGAAACUUUGGUCCACGUGUGCAUUUAUUACUGCUAGGGUCAAAAGCACAAGCUCACUGAAAGUGAGCCUGGAACAGCUCCUCAAAGUCAUAUGUAUAUUUUUGGCUGGUAAGCAGGUAAAUGUCUACCGUGAUUACAUUUCUUUUUAUACAAAACAAAAAUCCAGCAUUAAUGUUUCAACCUCCAAUUGGGAAAUAUUUUUAUACUGUCUAGUGUAUUUUGUUCAGAUAAAAUUCUGGAUAACGUUUUAUUUUACAGACCACAAAAUAACCAUGUAGCAGCUUUGUAAUUAGAUUUUAACUAUUUUUACUAUGCGAGUACAGUGAAAUAGACAAUCUUCAGUCGUAAGAGACCGCUUUUAGAGUAUCUCAUAGAAAGUCAACUUAGGAAAAAAUCUAGAUGCCUAGCAUAGGUUGUCUUUUUUAAACUAAGUACUGUGCACUGGUAAUAUAAUUAGAUGUUCAUUUCCCCUUUCUGAAGUAAAGGGUUAGAAUAAGAUCCAAUAACUGCAAGAUAUAGAGUGCUUGAUCUUUGCUCAGCUGAAUAAUAGGCAGUAUAAUUACCUGCUCAACUGCAGGCAAAUGUAUUUCUAAUAUUUGCCAUGUAAGUGCAAAUAAUUAUGACUCUGUGGGCCAUGUGAAAUCUAGUGAUUCUAAGUAUUCAGAGGUUUUAUAUGUCUAGAUCAAAGAGAAUAUUUCUAAAAUCAUUUAGAAGGGCUUAUUAAUUUAUAUCCUUAUAGAAGUAUGGAUCUGAAUACCAAAAGCAGUUGCACUGCUUGCAUUUGAAUUACUGCAUGGCAGUUACCUUGUUCUGUGGGAUCUUAACCAUGCAGCCAUUCCUCAUGCCGAAUUCCUUCUUGCUUCACUGCAAGCAAAUGAAAGGGCUGCAAAACCAAGUAGGAGUUAUCUAGUUACAGUAUUUUGUAAAUGAAGAAGGGUCUUCACACAGAAGAUCGCUUCAGUUUGACCCAAAUUGUUUUAUAGCUUUUCCCAGGUAGAACUCAAGAUGUUAGAUUGUUUUUAAGUAGAUCGUGUAUUUCCCUUGGAUGUAGGUAUUCCCAG